AGCCUUACCUGGAAAAUGCCCUCAGCCAUCUUAUCCUAACCUUCAAGGAGCACACUGGUGCAUCGUAUCAUGAUGGUGGAUCCCCUUUCCAUUGCGGCGAGCUCUGCAGCGCUCGCGCAACUCUGCUUCAAGUUGUCUGUAGCCAUCAAUGGCUUUGUAGGAGACGUCAGGUCAAUCGAUGACAAGAUUCAGACGCUGCAUCAAGGACUGAACUCACUCUCACAGAUCUUGACCGGUGUCAGCCUUGCCUGGACGAGCAAUCCCGAGGUAGCGGCAGCCCAGACAGGACCUGAUGGACAACUCUGGGUGUCUGUCAAAGACAGUAUAUCAAGAUGCGCAGCUGUUCUGGAUAAAUUCGAGCAGCUGCUCAACAGGGUGUCCACCGAUAGCGGGACCAACAGGGGCAUAUUGCGGCGCUCCGUAUCCAAAAUUAAAUUCAACUUCAACACGAAUGAUAUGGAUGGUUUUCGAACGGAGAUCGACAUCUACCACCGUGUCUUAGUCAUUGCACUCAACUCUAUCAACACGUGUGCCAUUUUGCGCCGUGAUCGCACGGAUGCAGAGGUGUCUCAACGUCUUGGCACCAUCGAGGCUGGAAUCGAUGGGCUCAAUCGACAGCUCGUCAAAGGCCGGACUCAAUCGCUCAUGCCCGGCUCGGAGGCUGCAGACACCCUGAAAGGAUUCCUGAAUGCGGCAAAUGCUUUCCGGGCCAGUGCGAGCACAUUCUCCAGCAGUGGCAGCACGACUACAGCCAAGAGCGCAACGGUCCGGGGUGGGAGCGUGUUCGGCGACCCGUUGUCGAAGGAGAAGCUCGACAAGAUCAAGAGAUGGAUUCCAGCACCGACAGAGAGGGGCUCCGAGGGCUCCGUCACCGAUGUUGCAUCUUCAUCUGGGUGGAAUGGAUCCGUGCAGGAUGUUGAGUCUCUCCCUCAGCUCAUGUCUGUUCUUGAGAACGUCACCCAGAUGGCCGAUCGCUUCCAGGCUCUUGAAAAGCAGAAGCAUUUCACCAAGGACGAAGAGAUUCGCUUACUCCGGGAGAGAUGCGAACAGCAGGAGAAGAAGAGUAAGGAUUUAGAACAGACAUAUACCGCUACUAACGAAAAUCUAAAGAAAGAGCUUGAGCACAAUGUUGAUUUCUACGAGCAUGAGUUUCGUCAGAGUGAACACAUCAUAGCAGAGCUCCGUGAGCGCGAAAAGAAAAUAUCCGAAGCGCAUGAUAUCUUAGCAAAGAAGAACGACAAUCUACUCAUGAAGUUAGAUGAGGAGACCAUAAGAACAGGGAUGUUGGCAAGAGGGAUGAAUGACUUGCGCGAAAAUUUCACGAGAGAGCGGGUCGCUUUCGAGGGCAAGCUCGAAAGCGUGGCAAGCUCCAUGGCAGAUCUCCAAGCAUGCGUGGAGGUACUCACGGAAGAGAAAGGCAUCUUGGAAGCGAAGAACGAAACUCUGGAGAGCGAAAAGCGGGGUCUCAUUCGGGUUCUUAGCGAAACUACUGCACAGAAUUCUAGGUUGGAAAUACAGUACACGAAACUCAAUAUGAUUUCGGAUGAGCGAAUGACGGAGAUGGUCCAAUUCUUUGAAAAAAAUAGAAUAACGGAGGCGGAAACUUAUAGAAAAGAGCUAGCAGACGUCGAAGCCAGAUACUGUGCAAUAAUGCUAAAACUGAAGGAGGAGAACGACGAGCUCAUCACCAAAAACUCGGUUGCACAAGCGGCCUUGAUAGAAAAAGUCGAGAGGUUUUCGCUGGUGGUGCCUCAGAUGAUGCAGGAUCUCAUGCGCAAUCUCUCAAAACAAGCGACUGAUUUCAAAGACGGAUGUGCUUCCUUGACGGCGAAUAUCAAGGAAUCUCCACGAGAGGAGAUUGGAGAGUCGAAAGCCUGAGACAAGUCAGGGUGAUCAGCUUGCUGUGAACGUGGUGCAAGCAGGAACUGUGUUAGCGUCCUCAAACAACAACAAAACGCUCUUGGCACAGAAAUCCAAAAGGAGAGAAAGGCCUCUCUCGGUCAAUGUCGGUUGGCCAAACACGGAAGACGGUGGCUACGUCGCAUGAAAAUCGCCAAAAUGGUUUCGUUGUGAGUAUUGGGCUGAACACUCCAGGUUCAAGACCCAAGUCAUGCCGUAAUUGCACAUUUUGUGUGCCUUUUUAUUCCGGGGCACACUGGUGGUAACGAGAGGAUGUCGCUGGAGGCGGCAAAGCCAUGUAGC